CUCCUCAUAUUAGACAUUCUCUGGUAUAGCUUUCGUUUCCUCUUUCUCCCUUCUCACACCCUGCCUCCCCAUAUAAAGGGGAAAGAGAUUGCGUCCUCGUCAUUUCUCUGCAAGAUGGGUCUUUUAACCGCAGCAAUCGUUGGUACACUUGGUGCUGGUGGUGCCGUGGUCGCUGCCCCUUUCGUUCUGGGGGCCGUUGGAUUCACCGCGGUCGGAAUCACCGCUGGGUCAUGGGCUGCAGGCAUGAUGUCAGCAGCUGCCGUAGCGAACGGAGGGGCUGUGGCAGCGGGCACGACAGUGGCCGUGCUGCAGGCAGCAGGUGCGGCUGGUCUGGGCACAGCUGCGACUGCUGCAACUGCUAGUGCAGGAGGAGCGACGGCAGCUCUACUGGCUUUUCUCAUCUAACGACAGCCGGAACUUGUCCAAGCGAAUCUUUCAUUCAUUUUUUGUAUUAGGCUACAUUACACAAAGGCCUUUAAAAACAUUUUCUUCCCCAUUUCUCUUAGCAAUCCUUGCUAACAUUGGAAUGGGGCUGGUGUAUCAUUUUAAAUAUGUCAGUUGACCUUGUUAAACAAAAUUCUGAAGCCAAAUUUAUUUCUCAUUGCUUAUGCUUACAAUGCAGCCAUCAAAACAAAAUUCAAUAAAAACAUUACAGCAUA